AUGGCCGCCACCACCGUCGCCGCCGCUACAUCCUCCUUCAUUGGCACACGCCUCACGGAUGCACACUCCGGGUCGGGCCGUGUUCUCGCCCGGUUCGGAUUCGGAGCCAAGAAAGCUGGACCCAAGAAAGUGUCAAAGUCCGUCACCUCAGAUCGCCCAUUGUGGUACCCUGGAGCUCAGGCACCCGAAUGGCUCGAUGGAAGUCUGGUUGGUGAUUAUGGAUUCGACCCUUUUGGCCUGGGAAAACCUGCCGAGUACUUGCAGUAUGACUUGGAUUCUCUAGAUCAGAACUUGGCCAAGAACUUGGCGGGUGAUAUUAUUGGGACCAGGACUGAGACUGCUGAUGUUAAAUCAACACCGUUUCAGCCUUACAGUGAGGUUUUUGGACUCCAGAGGUUUAGGGAGUGCGAGCUGAUCCAUGGAAGGUGGGCUAUGUUGGCCACUCUUGGUGCCUUGACUGUUGAGUGGCUCACCGGCAUCACAUGGCAAGAUGCCGGAAAGGUUGAGCUUGUUGAGGGUUCCUCCUACCUUGGUCAACCACUUCCAUUCUCCAUAACCACAUUAAUAUGGAUCGAGGUCCUUGUCAUUGGAUACAUUGAGUUCCAGAGGAAUGCCGAGCUUGACCCUGAGAAGAGGCUUUACCCAGGUGGCAAAUUCUUCGAUCCACUUGGCUUGGCAGCCGACCCUGAGAAGAAAGCCACACUUCAACUUGCGGAAAUAAAGCAUGCCCGCCUUGCCAUGGUGGGGUUCCUCGGCUUUGCCGUCCAGGCUGCCGCUACCGGCAAAGGUCCACUCAACAACUGGGCUACUCACUUGAGUGAUCCUCUUCACACAACCAUUUUGGACACCUUCGGCCUCUUUUCUUAA